AUGAAAUCAAAGCUUGGUAACCCCUCCGUGGCACCACCAGCAUUUGAAAGGUCCUCUGGAUGCCAAAGUCAUGGGUUGGAAAUUCCCAAUGGUGCUGUUGUCACUUACUCUCCCGAGGGGCAGCUUGACACUUCGUCCUUAUCCUGGUAUGUCAUUCAUAUUCUUUCAUAUUCUUGGACGUGUAAGUCAGAUACGACUUCAGGGUUACCUGGGGCAAUACAAGCAGUGGUUCAGUCGUCCGCUCAACCCGAGUGCUCUAUUCUGCUCAUUACCGAUAAUACCAUUCAGUCUCACGAGUUUCCACAGAUAAUCGAAGAAACUGGAGUUGAAGGAGGUGCAGGGGUCUAUGACCUGUCACUGGAGGCCAUCCCGACGAAUACUACUGUAGAAGAGGUUACCUACAUAAUGAAGAAAUUCCAAGAGCUCUCCAGAUGUCUCUUGAUCAUCCUCUCAAGCGUUGAUUCGACGUUUCUUCGAAUGUUUGCCAGUAUUUAUUUAGACAGUCCUUUCAUUCUCUGGCCAACGAAGCUAGUUGUCGCUACCAGGUUACCACUGCAGGAUCUCAGGAAACUUCACUUCGCCGUGGCAGUCACAAAUAGCGUCAUCAUCACUCAAGAGGAACCGCAAAAUGAAGAGUGUAAUAUAUACGUCAUCAUUCCGUACAGUCUAAGGAUAGUGAAAACAGCAUCUUGGUCGAAAGUAAAAGGUCUGCUGGUGACUUCGGAUAUUGGCCUUUUCCCUGAAAAAUUUUAUAUACUACCAGACGGCGCAGAACUCAUGGCUGCAGCUGAAGAGUAUCCUCCUCACUGCAAGCUGCAAGAAAUUGCUGCUACGGAAACGACCCCAGAACGACUGGAAUUCUCAGGUCCUAUGUUAAUUACGCUCGAAAUCCUGGCAAGGAGCAUGAAUUUCACGUACCGUAUGGUGAGGCCUCCUGAUAUGUCGUGGGGUUACCAGCUACCUGACGGUUCCUGGGUCGGGAUGGUUGGAAUGGUUUUGAGAAAGGAGGUGGACAUGGCCCUCGGGCCCUUCGGAAUCAAUCCGCUGAGGAAGAGCGUGGUUGAUUUCACGAGAACCAUGCUGGUGGACUACGUGAGGAUCGCUGCAAAGCAAGGCAAGUCGGAAGUUGACCCUUGGGGCUUUAUAAUGCCCUUGGCACCUUCGGUUUGGGCGGGAGUCCUGGUGUCUCUGGCCGUCAUCAUGGGAAUAGUUAUGACUCUUUCUCACCUAGUCCCACUUGGCGAUGACUCCUUGAUGAAGCAAGACGGUCUCGCCUACAUACGCGUUUUCUUAGGACAAGAUGUCUUUAUAACUUCCGGCCCGUGGUGGGCGCGUUUCAUGAUCUUCGCCUGGAUGCUGGCUACUCUGAUCCUGACCAGAAGCUACGGAGGCAAUCUGAUGUCGCUUCUAGCUGUCAGAUACAUCCCUCAGCCUCUCCAGUCCCUCAGGAAGGUGUUGGAUGACUCAUCCGUCACUAUGGUGUGGGAGAGUAACACCGAAUACACCCAGUACAUUAUGAGCGUCACCUCUGGCAUAUUCCACGAGGUGGCAGAGUCGGAGAAGAGCGGCCGAAUGGCGUACACGACGGGGAGCGACUAUGGAAUCACUCUGGAGAACUUGGUAGCUAAGGGAGACCACGUGCUGAUCAUUGAAGACCUCUCUCUGAGGAUGCUCCUGGCCGAGCAUUUCACGAAAUCAGGUAACUGUGAAUUUUACAUGUCCAGUGAGCUAUUUCUGCCUUCUGCCAUGGCGAUGAUAACUCAGAAGAAUAGCCCUCUAGGGCCAGCCAUGGACGAAAGGAUAAAGGCCUUAACAGAGAGCGGUCUUUACACUUACUGGAUUAAUAACGCUGUUCCUAAUUCGACAUCAUGCAGUAAUCCCCCGAGCAGAAUUACUGUGGAAUCGACUCUUAAGAUAGCAAAUAUCUGGGGAAUGUUUGUGAUGCUCGGCGGUGGGUUCCUGCCACCCGAGCAGCCUUCUGGAUGGUCGGGUACUCACUUCAGGAAUUUUGGCAGGAUCAGGAGUCUCAACUUCUUGCCGCAACUCUAA